CGGAGCUCCGGCGGCUUGAUCCGCUCUUUUUUGCCUGCAGAGGGCUCACUGCAGAGGGCUCACUGCAGCCGGCCGGCGCGCCGCUCCGCCCCGGGGAAGAGGCGCUGCGGAGCGGACAGUGUCGGUGUUUCCUCCGCUGCGGAGCGUAUGCUAAGCUGCUAGCAGGCUAGCUGCCAUGACGGGCUGUUUACAGGCUUACAGGCCGGAGCGGGGAGCCGGUAUAAAGGACCUCAUCGGCCGGGAGCCUUUGGCUGGUGGCCGCACAGAGUGGCCUGUUAACGGCGUCGGGCUGCCAUGAGCCGCGGGGGCGGUGCAGGUUAGCACAGUUGGUGGGACGGGAGGACCGGAGAGGAUCGAUACACGAUUGAUCUGCUGUUGCUCUGUGAAGAGGCAUCUUAUUACAUGAUGAACAAGAGGAAAAAGUCUGAUCAUGCCGUGGUCGUGGCGAUGAGCAGUAACGAGUGUUUUGGUUGCGGCCGCUCAGGCCACUGGGUGAAGAACUGUCCGAGUGGCGGCCGAGGGCGAGGGAAAGGACGCAGCAGAGGCAAAGACCUGUUCUGUUACCGAUGUGGCGAACUUGGGCACGUGGCCAGAGACUGCGAGCGCACAGAGGACGCCUGCUACAACUGCGGCAGAGGAGGUCACAUCUCCAGAGACUGCAAGGAGCCCAAGAAGGAGCGCGAGCAGCUGUGCUAUAACUGCGGCAAGGCCGGUCACAUGGCGCGCGAUUGUAACCACGCCCACGAGCAAAAGUGCUACUCCUGCGGCAGCUUCGGACACAUCCAGAAGUGCUGUGAGAAGGUCAAGUGCUACAGGUGCGGGGAGAUCGGCCAUGUUGCGGUGCACUGCAGCAAGGCGUCCGAGUUGAACUGCUACAACUGUGGGAAGUCAGGUCACCUGGCGAAAGAGUGCACCAUUGAAGCCACCCCCUAGCUGGCCUCUGACCCCUGACCCUACGCUCCCAAACCUCUUCUUUUAUUCUCUGUUCGUGCCCUCUGAUCCUCCUCUUGUCAUUGGUCUAGAGGCCUGUCGGUCAGCCUCGUAACAGCCAGUCAGAGCAGACGGAGGGAGGAGGAGGGGGCGGGCUACAAAACCCAUUUGUUCUUCUGUGUUUUAGUUUGGUAGCUGUGUUACGAUGUACAGAGCUUUUUUAGACCUGAGAGAGUGAUGUAUGAAGGCCAAAUUAGGCCCCUCCCCUCUGCCCUUUGGGUGGGGCUAACAGAGCCAUGGAAGUUUGUAUCUUGCCAACUUCAUUUUUGUUUUUGGACCAUAUAAAAUGAUUGUCCCCACCUCCAGCAAUCACCCAAUAAUAUCGCAGGAUGAACGAGCCAAUCAGGACAGGUCGCAGCAGAUGUUUUACAGGUGCGUUUUUGUGCAGGUCGAGGAAUCGUACGCCAAGAAAAAAAGCCGCAGGAAGUCUGGACAAAACCCCCAGAAAAAUCUUAUUUUUGUACAUUUUACCUGUGAGCUGUUGUAAAGGUGUAUGUUCUACCUGACAAUAAAAAGGUAAGAAGGAUGAGGGCGGA